AUGGCAGCGCAGAAGAGGAAAGCGCCCGGAGCGCCAGGCACGCCAGAGAGAAAGGGCAGGAAGGUGAAGAAGCCGCCGGAGGCCCGUCCUGAGGAUGGAGCGAGCGCAGACACGAACUCCGAGCUGUCCCCGGAGGAGAAGAGGGUGCUGGAGAGGAAGCUGAAGAAGGAGCGGAAGAAGGAGGAGAGAAAGCGGCUGCAGGAAGCUGCGGCCACGGGCACGGCCCCGGCCCAGCCUCUGCCAGCCAAGCCCUCUGGUGCCCAGCUGGCCCUGGACUACCUCAGUGGCUGGGCCCGGAAGCACCAGGGCUGGCGGUUCCAGAAGACGCGGCAGACCUGGCUCCUGGUGCACAUGUUCGACAGCGAUCAGGUCCCCGACCAGCACUUCCCCACCCUGCUGGCCUACCUGGAGGGCCUGAGGGGCCGGGCAAGGGAGCUGACCGUGCAGAAGGCAGAGGCCCUGAUGCGGCAGCUGGACGAGGCGGACGCCGCCCCGGACCAGCCCCUGCUGGAGAGGAGCCGGCGCGCCCGGCAGGUGCUUCAGCUGCUCUCCUAG